AUGAUCGCAUCAACUCCACUAUCACUCCUUCUGCUGCACCUGCCAGACGAGGUACUUAUCACUAUAUUCGGCUAUCUCGAUUUCAAUACUCUGAGUGAUGCCAGUCUGGUUUGCAAGCAUUUCAAUGAUCUUGUUGAACCGUUUUUGUACCACUCUAUCGAGAUCCUCAAUGGGUAUCAGGCCUCCGUCUUAGCCGCCAGUCUUCACGCCAAUGAUCGGCGAGCCACAUGGGUCCGUUCCUUGAUGGUAUCAGUCAAGUUUGGUGACGAUAUGGGCUUGCAUACCCUGCCACCAUAUAUCAGUCGCAUGUGUAAUCUUCAGGACCUUUGCCUCGAAACUCCAGAUUGCAAUGCCAAGUUCCCGGAAGAACGGGUUUCAUGGGUCAACUUGCAGGAUCGAUACGAACGUAUCUUUGAGAGCGCCUCUGCAGUUGUACCAGCAUCUUUUGGGAGGUUGCUUCCAAACUUGAGGAAAUGUACUUUACAUUUCGUCGACAGUCAGAAGGAGAUCCAUUCAAUGACGAAAUACCCCAUGAUCUUUUUGCAUCCGAAUCUUAAAUCUCUAACCGUGUCAUGUGCAAGCACUGAUUAUCCACAUCGAUUACUUGUCGACUUCCAGGACGAUGAGGCACUGAUGAAAUCAACCAACCUGGAACAUCUCCAUCUUGAAGAGUGUGACAUCUUCGAGCCCUCUCUCGCAGUCCUCCUAAGCUUCCCGAAAGCUCUAAAGUCUCUCAAAAUUAGUGAGGGAAUACGUUAUGACGGUGUCUUCAAUGCCAGGAGCAGCCGCCUGCAUGGAAAUGUGUCACCGGGUCCUUUUGUCGAUGCUGUCGCUCAGAACUGUGUCGACUCGCUCGAGCAUCUGUCUUUGAGCCUUGGUUUCCAGAGACCAGGCCAUCAGGAAAUUGACCAUCGUGGUCAGUUCUUGGACUUGACGCCUUUCCACGCAAUGAAACGACUCGAUCUAGAUAACCGAACCGUCCAUCUAAUUCGGAUGAGAAGACAAUGCGAUCAUGCCACGUGGCGAAGACUUCCCCCGAACUUGGAGACUCUAAAGGUUUUUGGCAUUCCCCUCGGCGAAAGACCACCAUUUCAAGCCCGCAGAAGAGCUUGGUUUCCUUUCGAGUCAUGCUUCGUCACCGAAAAGGCUAAGCAUGGAGUGAGACUGCUGAAGAACCUGGUCUGCUCUUAUGAAUAUUACCGCGACGACGACGAGGUGCCACACUUGAGUAUCUCGGACGAUGAAGAUACUGUGGAGGAGGUUAGUCAGGUUCUGAUCGCUCAACGUCGGAUGACCGACAAAUGCAAAGAACUUCAACCCAUCUUCAAAAAGGCAGGUGUUAGGCUCGAAAUAGAAAUGGUUGCCUUGCCCAACGGCUUCAUUCCUCCAUAUCUGUUCCCUGAGGACCAACCGAAAUCUUUUGUGUUAUGGGAAUCUGCACGAAAGUGA